GUUUCGUAAGAGCCAUUUGUAAGGUAAACAAUCCGAAAGCCGUGACCUACAUUUAAUAUCGCCACUGUAGGAGAUUGCAGGAGGCAAACCACCAACUUUCCUCAUGCGUCGGUAACUGUUACAUCAGAAGCAAGUUGUUACAUGUAACAUAAUACAUGUACAGUGUCCCGACAGCUCAGCUCAUCCUGAUAUCCAGGGAACAAGUUACAGCUGAAUGACAACAUAUAUCAGUGUUGACUCCCUCUUCUCUGUACAGCACAACAUUCACCGCAUGGCAGCACGGACAGUGAACCCGGUACCUAAACCACCAAGAACAUUCACAGACACGAAACCAGUUUCCGAACGAAGUCCAGAAGAGAAAUCAAAACCUGAGCAAAGACUGAAUAUAAAACAGGAUAUCUGCACCGAGCGUGCAUCCAAACAAACAGCUGUUGACCAGUCAAGAGAAGCAUCGACCACCAAGGAAGAAACGUCCCCGGCAGUUCACAGUUACACGUCAAAAAUGAUAAGGUUCUUUGAAUCAAAAUAGUGCAACGACGAAUUAAAUACAACGUCAAUGAGUCAAUGGUGUUUUAUGCCGCACUCAGCACCUCCUCGAUUAUCCAGUCUCUAAUACCUUUAUCACUAUACAAUGGAAGUAUGAUAGACUAUAUAAUCGAGGGUGUCGUCACAGCGGGCAGGUUUGUGGCAAGGCAAGCAUGAACAAGGAGCCAUAAUGAGUACAAUGGAAAACUAUCGGCCAGACCUCUCUCAAACCAUCUGACACCAAGUUUGCUCUCUGGUCGAUGGUCUCGAAGCUGACACUUGCAGCAAGGGCGGACCAUAGUAUACGAAAGAUCUUCUACCAAAGGUCUUGAGGUUGAGAGUCGGAAUAAUAACCGUCUACACUAUGCGAAAGAUCAUUAACCAAGGGUCUUAAGAUUGAGACUUGGAAUAGUAAGAGUCCACACUAUGCGAAAGAUCUUUCACCAAGGUUUCGAGGUUGAGACUUGGAACAGAGAAGGACAUAAGCGUGCGAAAACUCUUUUUCCAAAAGUGUUGAGACUGACACUUAUGUGCGAAAGAUCUUUGUCCAAAGGGUCUGAGAUUUUACGCUUUGAACUUUGAGGGACCACAGAUUACGAAAGACCUUGGACCAAAUGUCUUGACACUGACAUAUAUGGAUGAGCGUGGGGGACCACAGUGUGCAAGAUAAUUUAUUUAUCAGUUUUAUAGGUUCUUUGACCAAAGUUCUUGUGACUAAAACUUGGGCAGUGAGUGGCCACAGUGUGAAAACACCUUUUUGGCCAAUGGUCUCGAAGUUGACACCUGCUAGAAUUGACGGACCACAAAGUGCAAAAUACCACUGAGGUCUUGAACAGAGUGAUUAAGAUCUUUUGGCAGACAUGAAGUACUUAUGACCUGAUGAGACAUCGAAUUCCAACAGGCUGUGAAAAUAAAAAAGUCUAACAGAAAUUGCUCAAAAAUGGAUAAUAAAGGUGUUAGUAAAAUCCUUGUUAUACCGUGCUGUAACAGAACCUCACUGAAACAAUCGGCUCGUCCAAACCCUUUAUAUUUCACAAUGUGGGUAACAGAAUAAGCCGAUUGGUUCUGAGUGACUGAAGCCAAGAUGCAGACCACGAUUCAUGCUCCUGUAUACUAUGAACUAGAAUCACACAGAUCUCAACCAUCCCGGCAUCAACAUGAUCGCUCACUGUAAUCACCCAAUCACCAAUCAGAUGUCGCAGUGAAUACACCGAAUCAUGUACUCAGUUUAAACAGCACGCAGGUUAUAUCGUAACCCAACCACUCGUCAUGCGGUCACACUUGUUGAUCAAGUUCUACAGCUUGAUGGAAAAGGGGGAGUUAAUUUUGUGUUCACAUUCCACGAAGUAACAUUUGUAUGAUCUGAAAGUAACCUACAAGACAUCCAUUCAGGUUUUAAUGUCUGUAACACUUGUGGCAAUACAUUAUUUCUUCGAGAAUCUCUAACUGAUUGAAGUGAUCAACUGUGAAUAACAUGAAUUACGUCAAAUGUGAGAUCUAAAUAAAUAUUUUUACUUUCGUUUUCAA